UUUGAGCUUUUCGCAAGUAGCUACAUGCACCGAUAUUUUUUAGCCUGCUUUGACAAACGUGAAAAAGUAAAUUGCAUAAACGGAUAUUAGCUUAAUUCGAUAAACUUCACGACAGGAUUAAUUAGAUAAAUUGAUUUUGAAAUCUAACGUGUAGUGAGCAAUUCAUUUCAGUUUUCGUCCUCCAUCUGGCUACACCAAAGUUCCUCCUCCCACUAUUUACAGCCAUUAAUUCAAUCGAAUCUAAAUGGUUACCACCACAAGCACAUACCUUGUUUUUUAGUUUCUUUGACGGGUUGUGAACUUUAUGGUUAUAUAUUAUCGAAAGAGGAUCAUUGUGAUAUUGACAUCGCGUGAAUGCGCUGAGAAAUUCGAGACAACCUUCGGAAUAGCUAAUCUCUGGGCAGAAGAUUGAACCCGCUUCUCCCAAAUACGAAGCUGGGGGUGACAGCCAUUGAACCUCAACCAUGCAACGUCCAGAGCAUAGCACGGAUGUAAUCAAACAUGAACCUGCUUCGGAUAGUGAGAGUGACACUCAGCUGAUCAGUAUGAAACAGGAAGGCCUUACUGCGUUUUCUGCUGUGAAAAAUGAAAGUGAGGACAACUUGGACUCUGUGAAUGUGAUGGCUAAUGCAAACACCGCUUCUAACCCAUUAAUUGGAGUUACUGAGAAUAAACUGAUUGAUGACAAACAGCAUAUUGAUUCCUUUGCGUUUGUUACAGUAAAGACUGAAGUUAAAGAUGAACCAUGGGAUUAUGAGGCAGAAACCCAUGUACUGAAGGAUGAAGUAACAACGGAAGAACAUGAAUUGUUGCCACAGGGUGCCAACAACUUCACUAAUCAGAGGAUAGUCAGUGCUUCUACAAAGUUUACAAAGAAGCCUUUUGCAUGUGACAUUUGUGGUAAAUUAUUGUUGCGUAGAGGAAGUCUAAUUAAUCAUCGACGCACACACACUGGUGAAAAACCUUACAAAUGUCAGUUUUGUGGGAAAGGAUUUAUAGAAAGUGGAGGCCUACUUAAACAUCACCGCAUUCAUACAGGUGAAAAACCUUUCAAAUGUGAAAUUUGUGACAAAGGUUUCUCAGAGAGUGGAAGCCUGUACAAACAUCGACGCACACACUCUGGUGAGAAACCUUUCAAAUGUGAUGUUUGUGGGAAAGUAUUGUCACGUAAAGGUACUCUAGUUAAUCAUCAUCAUCGUAUACAUAGUAGCGAGAAACCUUUCACAUGUCACAUUUGUUUGAAAGGGUUUUCAGAGUCAAAACGCUUAACUAAACAUUGGAGCAUACAUACUGCUGAGAAGCGUUUCAAAUGUGAAAUCUGUGGGAAAAGAUUCCAAAAGCUUGGUCAGCACGCUGAACAUCUCCGAAGACAUAUGGGAGAGAAGCCAUACAAGUGUGAAAUUUGUGAGAAGUUAUUUUCAGCAAAGAGUGAUCUUGUGAAACAUCAACGUACACACAUUUGAAAAAAGUCUUUUUUUUGUUAAAGGGAAGAAAGGCAUUUUCUUAGUGAAUAUUAAUUUAGAUGGACAAAUACGUUUUGUGGAAUCUCAUACAAAGUUUUAAAUCAACGGCCAUUUAUUACAGACUUUGAAUGUUGUUUUUAUUAAGCUCUCUCAUAUAUUUAUUUUUGGACAAUGUCUCAGCUACAUAUAUGCACCAGAUGGACUGUGACUGAAGCUAGACUGUGGGCCCAUAACAAGUUGUGUAUGGAAAGUGCAUUGCUAGAAAAGAGUACAAAUUCAUUUUAAGCCAAGAAAAUGACUGGGCAAUUUCUCAUUAGUAUUAUAUUUUCAUCAAUGCCACUUUCUUUGCUUGAGUCUUUAUUCUUAUCUCCAUGCGUUUGUCCACAUAUGCCUUUUUUCUAUCUUCCAUUGACUACAGUUACUUAUGCCAGACAUCUGUUAAGUGAAAGCAUCAUUAAGUCUUCCUAAUUUGAAGAAAAAUAUGAACUCAUAUUUAUGAUUUCCUGAGAGUUGUAUGACCCAGUCUGACUUCAACGAAGCUGAGUUGAUUCUGUUUCCUCAUAGUCAGGUCACCAAGGUAGGAGACUAAAGUUGAUGUGGAGGUCAAAUUUCUAAGUUAAAAUUCUAAUGUAUGAAUUUUUUAAUUAUCAUAUUUUUUCACAGAAAUACUCAAUGAAAUCGUACACUUGUAUAUUAUUUGAAUCUAUAUUACAGAACAUCUGUAUUCAGUUCAUAUCAAGAGCAAUUGGAAGUGGUUACUAUAAUGUGCGGAUUGUGAUGUUUGAAGGAGAAUGUGUAACUGCUGUUUGUCUGUAAAGCACACACACUCGAGUAACUUUUUUAACAGGCAAAAUUAACUAUCAAUGGUAUCAUUUACAUUAAUAGUGUAUUAUUUAUGCUGCAUUGCUAUUGGUAUGAGUUAAACACAGACAUCUUCAAACAUACAGUUCAGCAAUAUACAAGUGCAUAAUUUUAUUGAGUUUUUGUGUGAAAACAACAAUAACAUUAAACUAAUAUGUAGACAAUGGAACUCAAACUUGUGAAUUUUAUACCCACAUCAACAAUUGUUCCCUACCGUUGUGACUUGCUUUUGACAUAACAUGGGCAACUCAGCUUUGUUGUUGUAGGACUGGGUCACAUGACUCUUGGAAAGGCAUUAACAAUUAUUCAUACAUACUUUUUUCUUUAAUUCACAUCUAGCAUAAAUAAUUGUAAUUAAUGAAAGGUAGAGAAAAGUCAUAUAAAGACAAAUGCAAGGAGUCUAUGAAUGACUGGAAUUAUGAUACUUACACAUACAUCACAUCCAGAAGUGCUUAAUUUUUGUUGCGCAGAAUGUCUUCAUUCAUGUCAUACCAUAAACUUGGUUUUUAGACAGAUCCAUUAAUGAAAAUAUUCUUAUUAUACUACAGUGUUUCCCAUGUAACAUGGAACCCACAGUGACAGAAGGCUGUCAGAUAGUGACAAGCUCAUAGUAUCCACAUUUUUAAGCUAUAUUAUUUCAUGCAACUUACCACAUCUUAUAGCAGUUGUUAAAAAUUGCCACCCUUAAUUCUCAGGCAUGCUUGACAUAUGACAUAUAGGUAGGACUCGGUUUACGCCGGGGUUAGGUUCCUGAGAUAUCUGGCGUAAAAUGAAACGGCGUAAAUUGAAGCAAAAAUAUAAUGGGAACAUAUGUAAAUACAUUAGGUUCCAUUCCAAAAUUUUCAGUAAUCAACACAAAAUACUUGAAAAAUCUUUUAUGUUUUGAAAUUUACGUAUUGAAAAUUGAGCAAAGUUUAAGAAAAAGAAAGAAAAUUUACUGCUUUAAAAACGAUGGAAUAGAUGUCUGGUUUUCUUCUUUUCUGUUAAUAAGUUAUACUAUGGCUGUAGAACUGUCUCAAUUCCUGUCUUAAUGGUUGAGCUCCACUCCCAGUUGGGGUCGUUGCUACAGAAGAUCUCACAUCCCUUAUUGACAAGAGCAAUAGCCUCUUGCAUUGAUUUCACUGUUAGUGCCUGACCGACAUUGCAGAGUCAGCUUCACUUUCCUUAACCUUUCGGCGACCUGUUCUCUAGACACCAGUGAAUGUUUGUCAGUUCACUUGCAGUUCUUAGUCCGUGGUUAAUGUAAUUUGCUUUUUCUUGUCGUAUUUUAUAUUCCGUUUUUUGUUUAAUUAUUUAAAUUUUAGGCCAUAGCUUAUCAAUUAUAGUUUUGUUACAAUAUAAGUUUUAUUACAAUGUCUGGACCAUCUGUGUCUAUGAAGUUGGGCAGAGUCAUGACUCAUUACCCCCUCCAAUCGUGAUCUAUGAAAGGUGCAAAAGUGAAGCGGGCAUAAAUUGAAGUGGCGUAAACCGAGUCCUACCUGUAUUAUCAACAACUUUUUAAAUUCUUGUCUAGAAACUUAUUGUACUGUUUAUGUGAUGUUUCCUUUAAUUUCAUCCAUAGUACGUAUGUAGAUUGUUUUGAUAAACUCUGUCUUUGAAACUUCCACACAAAACAGUCAUAUGGUGUAAUACCAGGUGAAUGAGCAGGCCACAAAGGAUCAAUAAUUAUUUGACCCCCAAACAUUGAAUUAUUGGCUGUAUGGGCAGUUGCACUGUGUUGCUGAAAGAAUCAAUGUUCUUUCUCCACUACACUUAAAUAAAAAAUGGUGUAAGAAUUUUGUCCAGUAUGUAAUUCUGAAUUUAUUAUAUCCAAAAAUAAGGUGGUUACGAUUAUUCUAGUUACAGUACACAGCAUACCAUACUCAAAGUUCAGUGAUGUGUAACAGCACUUUCUGUAUUAGUUUAAGAUUUUCUCUCAAUCAUCAUAUCUUGUUGUCUGCAUUUGCAUGGUCUCUCAAUUAAAACCAUGCUGUUUGUUCUCACAGUCAUAAUGGUGGACCAACAUCUCAUCUCUGGCCACAGGACUGUGUAGAAAUUUAUCUUCCUUUUUCUAGUGCUGCAAAUGUUUCUGACAUAUGCGUAGUCUCUUAGCUUUUAUCUCAGCAGUUAACACGUGAGGCGCCGGUCUGGCACAAAUCUUUUGAUGUGAGAGCUAGGAUAUCCGGCUAUACCACAAAACUAGUUCUGUCUUUACAGAAUCUAGAAUUAGUCAAGUAGAGGCAAAACUCUUCAAUUUACCCUCAUCAUUACGUUCGAACAAGAAUACUAAAUGAAAUUUGGUUUAUAUUAUGGUUAAUCAAGUCAUAGGAUAUGUGUACAUGGUCUUUUUUUUCUUUCUUAAAACCAUAUUAAUUGGAUAUAAAAUUAAUAUAAUAAAUCUUCUUCUUGUCUGUUGUUUAUUAAAAUAUUAAAUAUACAUAGAUAAUUUACAUUUGUAAUGAAUAUGUUUAGUGCUUCCAGUGUGUGAAGAAAAUACCAAAUUGAAACUAAAACAUCCUCAGAAAUACAACACAUUCCUUUUGUAUAUCUCCUUUUAAAUACAAAUUUUGCAGAUACUCUUUGGGCUAGUUCCAUAGAAAAUAGCAAUUUAUGUAAAUCAGGUGGCAAACAUGGCCACGCAAAACUUCCACCAUGAACAUCACAGGACCUGCUUUAGAGCACACUUAUGUUUCAUUUGGAUAGUCGGCUGUACUUUGUUUUUGGGGCCUUGCUUCAUCUUAUUGAAAUGAAUUCUUGGUAACAUAACAGGAUAGCCCAUGAUAAAGGAAAUAAAUUCAUUCUGAACAUCAUCAAUUAAAACUUCAGACAUUACUGAUGAUAUGAAAUACGUAGGUCAAUGUAUGUCACUACUGUAAAGAACAUAUAAACACUUUAACUCAUCAGAAUUGCAGUGGAAUGUCUGUAAUAAUGGCUGGAUUUAGGAGGCCCGAAACCAAGCAUUACUGUAUCAUUUACAUGAAAGUAAGCUUAUCAGAGAUGCAAAUAAACUUCAAAAAUGUUUGACAAAUUU